AUGACUUACACAAAAAGGGACACAAAUCCUCUUCGUCCCUCCACACCUUUCUUCCUCCCGCUUCCAAGCGAGGCCAAUAACCCAAAGUGGCCGUCUCACCCGUCACCUCCCGAGGAACGGCCAAGCCAGGCAGAAAACACCACGAGGCCUCAAAACGACGAUGAUUCACAUGCUUACCCGUACUCUCCCGUGCUCCUCUUGCUUCCCUCACUCUUCAACGGAAUGGGUAGUCCAUUUGUUCCAGAGAAUCACCAGCCGGUAACUGUAGAAAUUUUCACAUAUAUCACGAGAUCACAUAUGACGCAUCAAAAGCAACGCAGCAAACGAUGCAAAGAACCUAGCUACCAUGCACCAACUCCAUGUCAGGCUCCCACCCUCGACUUCCCCAAUAUCAGCCUUAGCCAAAUAUCAAAGUCAGCCUACAUACCAACCAACAAAGCCUCGCAGCCUGACCCCUCAAAAGCGGCUGAGAGACAUUAUACCGCCCAGCCUGCAGGACAGCCUGCCGAACAUAUGUCAUACGUAACAAAAGUACAAGGCUUGGCCAAACGCAAGCGCCGCAUACCCGGAAAGCCAAAAGCCUACUUUCACUUUUCCUUCUCGCGUCUUCGUACACGGCUAUGA